AGGCGCGGGUGGCACUUGGGGACACCCCUGUCAGCAUGGCCGGGACCCUGGCACUGCCCGCGGCGCUGCUGGCCGCGCUGCUGGCGCUGGCCGCGCCGUCGCUGACCCCCCGGCACCAGCGCGGCUUCUGCGCCUUCUACGGCGAGUGCGGGCGGAACCCCGAGGUGAACGUGUCGCUGCUGCCCUCGCGGGUGCCCUGCCUGUCCAACACGCCCGCCCGCGGGGCCUCGGCGCCGCUGCUGUCGCUGCUGCGCUCCGUGUGCCCCGAGCUGGUGCGCGACAACGACACCACGCGCGUGUGCUGCAGCUACAACCAGCUGAACGCGCUGCGCCUCAGCGUGGGGCUGUCGGGCGCGGUGCUGGCGCGCUGCCCCGCCUGCGCCCGCAACUUCGCCAACCUCUACUGCCACAACAUCUGCAGCCCCGACCAGAGCCUCUUCACCAACGUCACCCGCGUCGCCCCGUACGCGGCGGUGCCCGGCGCGCUCGCCGUGCUCGAGUACCAGCUCUUCUACCGGCAGCGCUACGCCCAGGCCGCCUUCGAGUCGUGCCGGGAUGUGCGGCUGCCGGCCACGGGCGGCUACGCCAUCGCCACCAUGUGCGGCCGCUACGGCGCGCAGCUCUGCACGGCGCAGCGCUGGCUGGACUUCCAGGGCGACAAGAACAACGGGCUGGCGCCGCUGCAGAUCGACUUCCAGCUGCUGCCCAACUCCUCCGAGCCCGGCCAGGGCAUCGCCCCGCUGGACGCGCCCGUCUGGGGCUGCGACCAGGCGCCGGACGCGGAGCAGGAGCCGUGUUCGUGCCAGGACUGCCCCCGCUCCUGCGCGCCCCUGGUGCCGCCCGCGGCGCCGCGCCCGCCGUUCCGCAUCGGCCGCGCCGACGGGGUGCUGGUCAUCUGCGCGCUGCUGUUCGCCGCGCUCGCCCUGCUCUUCCUGCUGGCCCUGCUGUGCCGCCGCGGAGCGGCCGAGCCGCCGCCGAAGCCGCGGGGCCGCGGCGGGUGCGCGGGGCGGGCGGGCGACGCGUGGCAGCGCGGCCUGGAGCGCGCGUUCCGCCGCUGGGGCACCGUGGUGGCCGCAUGGCCGGUGACCGUGCUGCUGGUGGCCCUGGCGGUGGCCGCGGGGCUGUCGGCCGGGAUAGUGACCCUGCGGCUGACCACGGACCCGGUGGAGCUGUGGUCAGCGCCGGGCAGCCGCGCCCGGCAGGAGAAGGCGUUCCACGACCGGCACUUCGGGCCGUUCCUGCGCACCAACCAGGUCAUCGUGACCGCGCCGGGCCGCCCGAACCGCACCUACGACUCGCUGCUGCUGGGCACCAAGAACUUCAGCGGGGUGCUGGCCGAGGACGUGCUGCUGGCGCUGCUGGAGCUGCAGGACGCGCUGGCGGCCACCACGGCGUGGGCGCCGGGCUCGGGCAGGAACGUCAGCCUGCAGGACGUGUGCUACGCGCCCCUCAACCCCGCCGAGCCCCGCGUGGGCGACUGCGCCGUGUCCAGCGUCACGCAGUACUUCCAGAACAACCGCAGCCGCCUGGCGCUCAGCGCCUGGCAGCAGAACGGCGACCAGCAGGGCACCGUGGACUGGCACGACCACAUCAUCUACUGCGUCAACUCCCCGCUCUCCUUCAAGGACAUCACGGCGCUGGAGCUGAGCUGCAUGGCCGAGUACGGCGGGCCCGUGUUCCCCUACAUCGCCCUGGGCGGCUACCGCGAGUCCGAGUACACGGAGGCCGAGGCGCUCAUUGUCACCUACUCGCUCAACAACUUCGCGGCCGGGGACCCGCGCCUCGAGUGGGUGCUCGAGUGGGAGCGCCGGUUCCUGGACGUGGUGCGCGACUUCCAGCGGCGGCACCGCCACAACCUCUCGGUCACCUUCAUGGCCGAGCGCUCCCUGGAGGACGAGAUCAACCGCACGAGCGGGGAGGACAUCCCGGUGUUCGCCACCAGUUACCUGCUGGUGUUCGCCUACAUCGCGCUGGCCCUGGGCGAGUACACGGCCUGGCGGCGGGUCCUGGUGGAGUCCAAGGUGACGCUGGCGCUCGGGGGCAUCGUGGUGGUGCUGGGCGCGGUGCUGGCCGCCAUGGGGCUGCUGGCGCUGCUCGGGCUGCCCUCGUCCCUCAUCAUCAUCGAGGUCGUGCCCUUCCUCGUGCUGGCCGUGGGCGCCGACAACAUCUUCAUCUUCGUGCAGGAGCUGCAGCAGUCGCAGCGGGAGCCGGGCGAGACGCGGGAGCAGCACGUGGGGCGGGUGCUGGCGCAGGUGGCACCGAGCAUGCUGCUCUGCAGCACCUCCGAGGCCGUCUGCUUCCUGCUCGGCGCGCUCUCCUCCAUGCCCGCCGUGCGCACCUUCGCGCUCACGGCCUCGCUCGCCAUCGCCCUGGAUUUCCUGCUGCAAAUGUCGGGGUUCGUGGCGCUGGUGGCGCUGGACUAUCGGCGACAGGAGGCCGGCCGCUUCGACCUGUGCUGCUGCUGCGGGACGGGCAAGGGGGCCCCGGCCGGGGCGGGGGCGCGGCUGCUGCGCCCCCUCCUCGAGCGCUACUUCACCCCCGUGCUGCUGCACCGCUGCGUGCGGCCCGCCGUGGUGCUGCUGUUCCUGUUCCUGGCCUGUGCCGGGCUCUUCCUGCUGUUCCAGGUGUCCGUGGGGCUGGACCAGGAGCUGGCGCUGCCCGAGGACUCGUACAUGCUCCAGUACUUCUCGGCACUGAACCAGUACCUGGCCGUGGGUGUCCCCACCUACUUUGUCACCACGGGCGGCUACAACUUCUCGUCGGCCGAGGGCACCAACGCCAUCUGCUCCAGCUCGGGCUGCGACAACGACUCUCUGACCCAGACCAUCCAGCUGGCCACGGCCUUCCCCAACGUGUCCUACCUGGCCAUCCCGGCCACCUCGUGGGUGGACGAUUUCCUGGACUGGCUGAACCCCAUGGGGCGCUGCUGCCGCAUCCACUGGUUCGGGGAGCACAAGGGCGAGUUCUGCCCCUCCACCAGCGACGACGCGAGCUGCGUGCUGGGCCAGUGCCUGAAGACGCCGCGCCGCCCCACGGCCCAGGAGUUCGAGCGCUUCCUGCCCUGGUUCCUGCAGGACCGGCCCACGCUGCACUGCGCCAAGGGUGGCCUGGGCGCCUACGACACCGCUGUGAGCAGGGACGCCAACGGCACCAUCCUGGCCUCGCGGUUCAUGGCGUACCAGCGGCCGCUCCGCACGUCCCAGGAGUACACGGCCGCGCUGCGCGCCGCCCGCGCGCUGGCCGAGCGCAUCACCCGCACCCUGCGCGCCGUGCCCGGCACCGACCCCGCCUUCCGCGUCUUCCCCUACACGGUGACGUACGUGUACUACGAGCAGUACCUGACGGUGGUGUACGAGGGGCUGGUGACGCUGGCGCUGUGCCUGGUGCCCACCUUCGCCGUGUCCUUCCUGCUGCUGGGCAUGGACGCGCGCUCCAGCCUGGCCACGCUGCUGACCAUCGCCCUGGUGCUGCUGGACACCGUGGGCUUCAUGGCGCUCUGGGGCGUGCCCUACAACGCCGUGGCGCUCAUCAACCUGGUGGCGGCCGUGGGCAUCUCGGUGGAGUUCGUGUCCCACAUCACCUGCGCCUUCGCCCGCAGCUGCCAGCCCACGCGGGUGGCACGGGCCAGGGAGGCCACUGUCACCAUGGGCAGCAAGGUGGUGGCGGGGGUGGCCAUGACCAACCUGCCGGGCGUGGUGGUGCUGGCGUUCGCCAAGGCGCGGCUCAUCCAGAUCUUCUUCUUCCGCCUCAACCUCAUCAUCACCCUGGUGGGGCUGGCGCACGGCCUCGUGUUCCUGCCCGUGCUGCUGAGCUACAUCGGGCCCAGGCCGCGGGUGCCAGCGGGGCAGGACUCGCCGGGGGACGCGGGGCUGGGCCUUGGCAACCCCGGCUUCAAGGACACGGACACGGGCAAGGACAAGGACAAGGACAAGGACAAGGACAAGGACAAGGCACUGGCGAAGGGCUGAGCCCCCCUGCCCCCCACUCCUCCCCUGUGCCCCUCUCCCCUUUCUAUUUAAACUGGUUUUGUCACA